AUGAUAUCCUCAAAUUUCUCCCAGGUACGUUCAUUUUGAGGGCAAAAUUGAAAAACCACUCUCGUAUUGGGUGAUGACUGAUGAGCUAAAAGGACAAAACAGCUAGCAGAAUCCACCUGUUUUUUGUCUGCAUCACUGAAUGACCGGGGCAGUUAUUUUUUAAUUCUUGAAUUGUAAAAGAGGCAGUGCAGUUAUUUUACUUUUGUAGGUGUGGUUGCUUUAGAUAUAACAUAUGGCAGUUCUUAGACCUGCAAGUUCAAGUUUUGUAGCAAAGUAUUAUUCUCUAGCUCCAUUGAGGAUUUUACGUGGUCUGGUGUGCCUGCUUGUGCUGCUUUCAACAGCAUUUAUAAUGUUAGUGUACUUCGGCUUUAUAAGUGCUGUUAUAGUGAGACUUUUUAGCAUAAGUUACAGCAGAAAGGCAACUUCUUUUUUCUUUGGUGCUUGGUUAGCUUUGUGGCCUUUUCUAUUUGAAAAGAUCAACAAGACUAAAGUUGUAUUUUCUGGAGAUAUUGUUCCUUCUAGAGAACGGAUCUUACUGAUUGCAAAUCAUAGAACUGAGGUUGACUGGAUGUAUUUAUGGGACUUUGCCUUGCGGAAGGGAUGCCUUGGAUACAUAAAGUAUGUACUUAAGAGCAGCUUGAUGAGACUUCCAAUUUUUGGUUGGGCAUUUCACAUACUGGAGUUCAUCCCUGUGGAAAGAAAGUGGGAAGCUGACGAGUCAACCAUGCGCCAUAUGCUUUCAACAUUCAAGAAUCCCCAAGAUCCUCUCUGGCUUGCUCUUUUCCCAGAAGGCACUGAUUUUACCGAGCAAAAGUGCCUUCGGAGUCAAAAAUAUGCUGCUGAGCAAGGGUUACCAAUUCUGAAAAACGUUUUACUUCCGAAGACAAAGGGCUUCUGCACCUGCUUGCAAGAGUUGAGGGACUCUCUCUCUGCAGUUUAUGAUGUGACCAUUGGCUACAAAUACCACUGCCCAUCUUUCUUGGACAAUGUCUUUGGGGUGGAUCCUUCUGAAGUUCAUAUUCAUAUCUGCCGCCUCCCCCUUGAUUGUAUCCCAGAAUCUGAAGAAGAAAUUUCCAUGUGGUUGAUGCAUAGAUUCCAGUUGAAGGAUUGGUUACUUUCCAAUUUUCAAAGUCAAGGUCAGUUUCCCAAUCAAGCAACAGAAAGGGACCUCUCUGCUGUGAAGUGCAUUUUAAAUUGUAUGACAAUCAUUAUGUUGACAGGCACAUGCAUGUACUACAGUUUUUCCUCUGUUUGGUUUAAACUUUAUGUGUCUUUAGUCUGUGCUUAUUUGGUUCCAGCCACAUAUUUCAAUAUUCGGCCACUGCCCAUUCUUGGCCUUUUGAAUAUGCGAUCAAAUUGCCUCAUUUCAAAUACUUGAACAGGUAGAAGGCACUGACUAUAAUCCAUGUUUGACUGUUGUAUUAUUGUAAGUAUUGGACUUACCAUCACAUGCAAUUAUAUCUUGUUUAAA